AUGGCGUUCACUGUUGAUGAUCCUUCGAGUGGAGCUGGUCAUAUUCCAAUACGACAUCCCAGUCUCCAAACCGCCGGCGAACUACUGAGAUCCAGAUCCCGCGAAGAGCAUGGUCUAGGUGCACGUGACAGGGAUUUUACGGCUGCGGGGCGGCCACGACGUCAACAAGCACCCGAAGAGCAAUCCAUGAUGGAUCUCAUGGCUCGACAAGUAGCUCUGUUGCAAGAACAAACAGCGUUACUCCGGCAACAAUCGGCAUCGCAAAUUGGUGAAGACGAGUACACCGAUCCAUCGCGCAUUCUUUCUUCGUUGGACCCCACAUUGAGAACUGCCAUGUCCAAAUGGAAGUCCGAUUUCUGCAAAGAUCUGAACCAUGUCGCAACUCAACGCGAACUUCAUGACAAAUAUGAAAAGAUACGCGAGAGUGGCGAGAUCAUGAAACAGUUUGCGGAGGAGUCCAAUCGCAAAUGGCAGUGGCCCAAAGCAUACGAAGCCAUUGCCGAGCCCAUCACUCCGUUAGAGGAUGUUCCAAACGGCGACGACGAAGUGUAUGACAUCAACCAAGCAUGGACAGCAUUGCGUAGGAAACAUGCGCUGGAAUGCCAGGAUUUCAUCAUGCAACACCAAUCACGUGCUUUGGCCUACUUCGAAAACAAGACCGGCAGCAGCAGUGUGCAACAGUCUGUAGACGAUCUUUGGAACUCCUGGAAGGACAGUUUCGGUUCUCUCCACUCCGAGGCGUCUUUACAACGUGCGAGCAAAAACUGCAAGCACUUUGUGAACGUGGUCAUGCGUGAAGAAAUUCCUAAGAUGAAGGGCCGUUUACAUGAAGCCGCCGAGAUACGCAGCAAACGUGAGGCGGCCAUCAUCGAAGCCGAGACGAAGUAUCAGCAGAUGGAUCCCCAGCAAUUGAUUGCAUUGCUCCAGUUGGACAAACAGGCAGUGCAGAUCAGAAAAGGAGGCAAUGUAACAAAACAAGUUACCGUUACCAAAGGAAGCGAGCUAGCAGCCUUAGUGAAGCAGUUCCCCGACUUGGAGACAUUUUUCGACGUCAAGCACGUGGACGAGAAUCCCUACGCCACAUCCUUCACGAAGUGCCCGACGACCGAAAUCGCAGACAUCUCUACGUGGAAGGUCUCAUGGAAAGUCUCCACGUUCCCCCAGCCGUCAUACAGGACAUCAUUGCACAGUUUGUCCUCGCGGAUCGCUGGUGAGUUCAUUCAUUCUCGAAUGCCUUCUUCUUUUCAUGUUCCCGGCUAUGUCUUACUCUACUUGAACAAGGGUGGCAAGUUCGUGGUAGACAAGCACGAGUGUUCCUUAUCCGAGGUCAUUGACAGCGUCACCAAAUUAGAAGAGCGUUUGCAUGUAGCGAAAUUCUUCGAGAAUGUCGAGUCCGAGCGUCCUUUCAUUCAGAGGCCUGCGGUGAGAUCUUCGUGGAAGCCUCCGAAACACUGUGCUAUUGAAAGGUAUGGACGUCUCCUCAGAAAAGACAUCAUCGACAGUUUCACUGCAUACCCGCGCAGGCGCAACACGAGUUGGUUGGACAACAAAGCUGUUCAAUGGUUGAAGAAACACAAGAAUCAAGCUGUGGUUAUCGAUGCGGAUAAAGGUCUGGGUGAUGUUCUGAUGCCCAAAAGCUGGGUUUCUUCCGAGCUCAAACGUCUUUUGGAUGAGGGUUACCAGAAGAUCGAGGCAGAAGAAUACCGCCAUCGAUCCUUCCGAGCACGUUGUGCCUUGGACAGUGUUGUACAACAUGCACAAGACGUUCGCAUUAUCAAACCACGCGAAGCUUCAUUCCUCAGACAGAAUAUUUUCAAGCGCAGAGAAGGAAGCUUCAGGCUCAGAGUCAAGCUCCACAAGAGUCCAAUUGUUGGACGUCCCAUCGCCAACAUGUCAUGCAGUUGGGUGGCUCCGGCUUGCCUGUUUCUUUGCAGCAUGCUACGGCCUAUUCAAGAUGAGCUGAAGCACACGGUUAGCAGCAGUGCGGAUUUUCUGUCUAACCACCUUCCCAAGUCUGUGCCACCAAAUUACAGUCUAGCCACAAUUGAUGUGAAGAACCUCUACCCAAGCAUCCACAACGAGCACCUGAUUGAGGUUCUGAUCAGUGCAGUUUAUCGGCAAUACGGUCACACUGGUAUUGCUGAUUUCGUUGUGCAGUUGCUGAACGUCAUCCUUCGAAACCAAUUCAUACAACAUCGAGGUGAGUUCUUUCAAGCUUUCGGUAUAGCUACUGGAUUGCCCCCAGGCGUAUUCUUAGCCAACAUCUACCUCAACGAAGUUGAUAUCUUGGUCAUGCAAACUCAUGCAGACACUGUUGCUUUCUACGCCAGGCUAGUGGAUGACUCUGUUGUUUGUGCAGCUGACAUCGAUGCCGUCAGAAGUACCCAAAACUCAUGGAGACCCGAAAUCAUUUGGGAAGUUGCGUCACACGGUGGACGCACAUCUUUCUAUGAGCAUCCUGUUGCGUUCCUUGAUCUCGCUUUAUCUCAUGAUGCUGGUAAGCUGACUUGGCAAACUUUCAGGCAUGCACCCAUUCUCAAGCACGUGUUCAAGUACGACAUUACAGCUGGUAUUGCUUUCACGAUUCAACCAAAUAU